UGGAUCUACCAAACAAUAAGUUAAAAUCAUUUCGAAAUCAAAUCGAUGUAUCGCCUGCAACAUUGAUAGUGCAAAAUAACGAGUUAGAGCCAAUUGUAAGUAGCGAUAAGUUAAUACGAGUAAAAUCGUCUCAAAGAUCGGAUACAGAUGAGUUUCGUGAAUCAACAUCCUCACGAAAAAACAGUCGACCUGGGAGGACCAGAACUUUGUGUGGUGAAUGCUACUCGUCUUUCUUUGUGCAAUCACACAUCUGCCUCUAAAUUGAUAUGCGAGAUGAUGUCAUUGUUAUUUUCAAAAGAAGAGUUGGCUACUUCCUCGCUUACAGGAACUGUGGCAAAUUUUCAUUGCGAAAAAGGUGUAGCCGCUAAAAAGAAACUCGAUACGGUGAAAAUUGAAGCUAUGAAAACAUACGUUAAGAACAAAUUUUCAUCAGAAAAAGAUUUUGAUAAAAUAUUCCGGAAAGCAGUGCAACAGAAGUGCAAUAAUGCAGUUCCUCGAAAUAGAGGGCCAAAUAAUAAAGGAGAUGAAAUUAAGAAGUAAGCCAGCUAUGUCAAAGCGAAGAAAAAACAAAGAAUGAUUAAUCUAAAAUUAUUAUAUU